CAAAAGCUAAGUUUGAAAGGCAGUGAAUGUAAUGAAUUCUUCGAGGAGUACAUUUUAUGCAGGCCCUUUGUCUGCACAUGCCUGUACCGUACAAGGCACUUCUCGUCUUUUACAUUCUCACUGCUUGUGUUUUUUAUUUUUAGUCCCCCACACCCCCAUCACGGUGUCAUGCCGUCCCUUGUCAGCACACUUUCUCCUCAGAUUAGCUUCAGGCAGUCUAUUGUGCAAUGUUUGAGUUUAGCUUAGCAACCAAGAAUUUUUGUAGGUUCUUCCUUGUGGUGACAAAGGCAGAGGCUCGGUGCUGUUGCGGCUUUGGAGGCCAUUGAGCAGCCGGACACACAAGGUACAAAUGGCUCGAGUUGAGCUGGCCGUCUACAGCCUUUUAGAAGUCUUCCACAAGUACGCUGCGAUAGAGGGCGACCUCCUGCAACUGAACAUCAGGGAGCUCCAAACUUUGCUUCAACGUGAGCUGCCCACCAUCAAGCAGGAUGACCCACUUUCUGAGAUGGAUUCAAACCAUGACGGAGAAGUGGACUUUGAAGAGUUCAUCAUCUUCAUCACUAAAAGCACAGCUUCCAAGUGGGAGAGCUACGUCCGCCAGCUAUUAAAGGGGACAAGAAAUGAGAAACUCGAGGACGAGACUUCGACAGAAAAGGCCAUGACGGUGCUGAUUCAGACCUUCCUGCAGUACGCAAGCAAAGAAGGCAACCCGCUGUGUCUGGAGAUCAAAGAGAUGAAGCACCUGUUGAAGGCAGAGAUGCCCACCCUGUAUAAGUGCUUCACAUCCCACCACAGAAGGACUGCAGAGAUUAUGAAGAUGCUGGACACGGACGGAAAUGGCGAGGUCGACUUUAAAGAGUUUAUGACUUUCAUUGCAAAAUUUGCUCUAGCAGUGGACAUGGCAGUGAUCCGCACGGUCGCCUCUUCAGGCACUUGAACCUUUUGGAUGGUGGAACUGGAAAACCAAUGGCAGCAUGGAAUCACCGGACUGCAGUCACCUGAUAGGACCACUUUGCUGCAUGUCCUUACAGUAUGUAUUCAUCUGAGACCCCCCCAUGGAUGGCAAGCAGGGGGGGAAAAAAAAAAAACCCACCACAAACAUGCACACACACACAAACUUGUGAAAAAGGUCACUUUUUUUUUUUUUUUUAUUGUGACUUGUGAAAUGUUUUCUACCGCUUACUGAUCCAUUUAGAGGUGGCAGCUAAUUUAACUUUUCCUAUCUAGCCUAUAACAAUUUCAAUCUUUUGCAUAUAUGUUGGGUGUUUACAGCAGAUUACAUUUUUUUUUAUUUCUAAAUAAAUCAAAUUUUCAGCUUCUAAAUGUCUCCAAGUGUUAUAGUUCAACCAGGGUUUUAUAGAUGGUUUCGGUCUGUUAAAUCUUGUUGUAGCCUACUGAAUAUUAUCUUGUAUUAUUGAUUUCAUAUAUACAUAAUUUUACAUUGUAUGCUUGUUAAUUAAUAAUUGCAUGUUUAGGAAUAAUAUUCAUUUUUGUGUGCCUUGUCCUUUAAUUUUUGUUUCUUGUGCCCUGCAAGUCAAGGGCUGUGGGUGGAGCUAACCAAUGCUGAAGUUGAGACCCCGCCCACAGUACUAUUUAAGAACAAACAAUGGACAAAAUGGCCACUUUAGCAUUAAGGAUUGCUCCUACUUAUUUGGAUGUGCUUUUUGUUGAUUUUUACAUAAGUAUAUUUCCUCCAGUCAGACAGAAAUAAAAAA